AACGAUGCUUAGCAUGUAUGAGCCACAUUAUUAGGCCUAGAAGAACAGACAUUUUUAAGUUUCUUUGUAUACACAGUUUAUUUAUAAUAGAAAACAUCAUGCUAUGGAUUUUUGUGAUGGCGUGAGAAAUUCUGUCUGCACUGAAUAAUACAAGACCGUGCUGAUAGCGUGCACACCUCUUUUCUUCUUUGGCGGUUUUCUCAGCUGACGGGUCAUAUUUCCAAACGUAGACUUAAAUAUAAGUAUCUCUCGCAUGUUGUCAUCGGUAUAUCAGACUCACACUAUCUAACUGGACGGUCUGGCAUUGCAGAUGUUGAUACAUCUACAUGUCUGAAUUGAACAUACCCUUUAAUAAUGUCGAGACGUGGGAAGCGAGAUGCCGUUUCCAGCAACACUGGACGGGGCCAAAGUCGUAUGUAUACAGAAAGUGGCUGGGAAGCACAGGGAGGUUACAUGGCAGCCAAGAUGCAGAAGCUGCAGGAUCAGAACAGAACAGAUAUCAAGCCUAGUGGAGAAACCAGUAACAUCUUCAAAGGAGUAGCCAUUCAUGUCAAUGGAUACACAAGGCCAUCAUCAGAUGAGCUGAAGCGCUUGGUUUUGAUCCAUGGAGGCCGGUACGAACACUACCUGUACAGGACAAGGGUGACCCACAUCAUCGCCACAAACCUGACCAACAGUAAGAUUAAGGAUCUGAUGAAGAAUGGGAAAGUGGUCAGACCAGAGUGGAUCACAGACAGUAUCAAGGCUGGACGACUGUUAUCCUACUCCCAGUAUCUACUGUACACCAAUCAGGGAGGUAAACAAAAGGGCUUAGAGACAUUCUCCACCCACGCAGUCACUCGUCACAGCAGCACAGCAUCUACCAUGGAAAUGGUCACAUCAUAUUUAAACAAGAUGGAAACUUCACCUGAUAACAGUGUUUCUUUUCAAAGCAGUGUAGAUCAUUCUUUGGUGGAAACAGAGAAUUUGAAAUCAGAUUGUGAUGAAUCCAGAAGACAACUGAACCCAUGGGAAGAGGAGGAAAGCAUGAGUGAUGCAGACAAUGAUGACUUGUUACUUUUAGAUAACCAAGACUUUAAAAAACAUCCUCCUGAAUCUGAAAUUAGUCAUGGCCAUCAACCAAGGGGAGUAAUACCAGGUGACCGGGUGGCCCAGAAUGUUAGCACUGCCGAUAUUAUCUCCCCUAAUAACAUAGGUCAGAGUACUGUUGUAAAUGGCCAUGGAAUACCAAGCUCAAAACGGACUGGGAUAGCCAAGGCAGGGGAGCCAGCAUUCUUGAAUGAGUUCUAUUCCAAUUCUCGCCUUCAUCAUCUGUCCACGUGGAAGUCAGAGUGGCGCGCCUAUGUGAAGACACUACAAGAUCAGGGUCAAGACUUCCCUGGGAGGACCAAGCUGAUGGAGGUAGCCAGCAGGAGGCAUCAGGACAUGAAAAGCAUGCUGGGUAAUGGACAUAAUUUGGAACCAAAACAGUGUGGAAAACCACCCCACAUCAUUAUGCAUGUAGACAUGGACUGUUUCUUCGUGUCAGUUGGUUUAAGGAAAAGGCCAGAUCUUCAAGGGAAACCUGUGGCUGUGACUCACUCUAGGGGUCAAGGCAUGAAGGCCCCCAUACCAGGGUCGAACCCCGCCUACGAACGGCAGCAGUGGGAACUCAGGCGUAACCAAGGUGGCAAGAAAGGUAGAAAACGUCAGCUCCCCACACAACAACCAAUGUUAGAUGAAGGUAUAGAGGAGGGCAGUGAAGAGGAUGACAACAAUGAUGACAUAGAUACUCCCCAGCCAGCACAGGAGUCCUUCCACUCCAUGGCCGAGAUUGCCUCAUGUAGCUAUGAAGCUAGACAGUCUGGCGUCCGUAACGGAAUGUUCAUGGGAAAGGCCAAGCAACUGUGUCCAGGACUACUGACCAUUCCGUACGACUUUGAAGGCUACCAAGAAGUGUCCAAGAUCCUAUAUGACACCGUUGCCAGGUAUACACAUGACAUCGAGGCUGUCAGUUGUGAUGAGAUGUUGGUAGACUGUACUGACCUGCUGUCCAUUACCGGGGCUGAACCCCUGGAAUUCGCCUCACUCCUCCGACAGGAACUCCUGGAACAGACUGGCUGUCCUGCUUCAGCAGGCAUGGGAUCCAACAUCCUGUUGGCCAAGAUGGCUACAAGGAAGGCUAAGCCUAAUGGUCAAAAUUUUCUUCAGUCUGAGGACGUACUGGACUUUAUCAGUGAUCAGACUAUUCAGAACAUUCCAGGUGUUGGUUGGUCUAUGUCCAAAAAAUUAAAAACCAUGAACGUGGAGAAAUGUGGAGAUCUACAAAAGGUGUCCCUAGGGGUCCUCCAGAAGGAGUUUGGACCCAAAACUGGCCAAUCACUGUACAGGUACUGUCGUGGAGAGGAUGAUCGCCCAAUCAAAACUGAGCAGGAGAGGAAGUCAGUUUCUGCGGAAAUAAACUAUGGCAUUCGCUUCAAACAUAAUGGUGAAGCAGAGAAGUUUCUGACCGAUUUGUCGGAGGAAGUGCAUACCCGCCUAACGAACAUAGACAGAAAGGGGAAGACUAUCACUCUCAAAGUCAUGGUCAGGCGCGAGGGCGCUCCUGUGGAAACUUCCAAAUUUAUGGGUCAUGGUAUCUGCAACAACCUGUCCAAAUCAGUUACGUUGCCUAUGGCAACAGACGACGCCAAGGUCAUCAGUAAGGAGUGCCUUGGAAUCUUACAUAAUAUGAAGGUCAAGGCUAGUGACCUGCGAGGCAUUGGUAUUCAGCUACAGCGCCUAGAGCCCAGCACCCUUGGGGGUCACAAGUCGACCAAGGGGGCUCAAAGCAUCCUAAACUUUACUGUGUCUAAACAAGCAUCACCAAUUAAAAGUUUGUCUAAAUCCCCCUGUGCAACAGUGACCUCAUCCUUACCUAACCUGGUUGACCUUGACAUUGAGACUUCCACCGAAGGUCACACGAGCAUUGUUAGGCAGGAGGGAGGUCAAACUGAGGUUUUGAAUGACUUACCUGAUGAGAGAGAUUCGGUGCUGGAGCCUAAAUCUGGUGAUAGUGGUAACGACUUCCUAGGGGGAUACUGUCACAACAUCGUAGACGAGUUGUCAAGGAGAAAGACAGCGAAGAGGUUCCUUCCCCCGCUGCCGUCCCUACCCGAUAUAUCUGGGUCUCCAGAGGUGGGUACUGGUGAUGGUGAUGUCGGUACAUCUGGAAUCCAGGAUUACUUCCCCUCUCCUUCUCAGAUUGACCCAAGUGUACUCAACGAACUCCCCCCAGACAUACGCAGACAGGUUGAGAAGGAAAUGGCUUCCAGGAGAAAAAAGGAUGUGCACAGGCAUCCAGCCAAUCAAAACACUCCAUGUAGCAGCAAAUCUGAUAGGACAAGAGGUAUGGUUGAUGAAAGGCCUGGAUGCUCUCAUUGGUCAGAUAACUCAACCAAUCAAAACGACUAUUUGACAAGUGCCUUAGAAGCUGCAGACACUAUGCCAUCACCCUCACAGAUAGAUCCCAGUGUGCUGAGAGAAUUGCCCCCAGACAUCCGAAGACAAGUGGAGAAUGACAUGGCCAUCAAAAAACGACAGGGCAGUAAUUCAGCUGUGGGAUUUGAGCCUCGUAUCAUUGGUAAAGGACAUUCAGUCAGUGAAAACAGCUCCUCUACCCAUGGUAAAGAAUCUAUCGCUGAACUACCUGGAUGUUCUAAUUGGUCAAGACAAAGGACUAAUGGAGAUCACAGGGACAACAUUGCUAUAGAGCCCUUGCCUUCUCUAUCUCAGUUAGACGAGAGUUGUUUGAGUGCGCUACCGGAGGAGUUACAGAACGAGAUACGACAAGCCUACGUAAGGCAGGAGGGUGAAGAAGUCACCAGACCAGUACUUAACCUUCAGCAAGCCUCCUCCCCAUCCAAACGAUCCCCGGAAAAGACCCGCUCUCCAGCCAAGUCACGUUCACCAGGGGCAAACAGGAAAAGUCCUAACUUUAAAAUUCCGCGGGGUAAACCAAGAAGGGGUAGACCAAAAAAACUUGAAUUCCAAACUCGGCGUCAACCCAAAAUUACUGCCAGUGUUGGCAACAAACAGCACGAAUUCCGAGCCACCAUACUUAAAGACAGUCUGCAAGGACUAAAUAUUGUUACGGCAGACCAACCAGCCCAUGAGGUUAACCAGGGCACUCCUGUUCACAGUGACAGUACAACCAAUGAAUCUGAAGGCUUCGUACUUGAUGGGGUGGAGUCAACCAAUCAGAAGGCUGUGAAUUUGUGUGGGGCAGUGACUAUAACAGAAGUGCGAACCCUGUUGAGAGAGUGGUUGAGAUUGUCUCCAGAGUUGUCUCCCUGUCGUGUUACAGUGCCAGAGGAUGAGGACGAGGAGGUGAUGCUUACUUACCUACAGGACCUGGUCGUAGACAGGAACCUGGAACAAGUCGACCUGGUCAUCAAGUUCCUCAAUAGACACAUCGAGCGUCUGCAGAAUGACCUAUGGAGAGCGACAUUUGAGCGGAUUGUUCAGCAUACACAAUGUGUAGUGCUGGCCACCUACGACAGCAAGUUAAAAAUAUGUGAUAGAUACGUUUCCAUGACAGCAAGAUAAAACUGCAACAAACAUAGUUUAUUUAUGAUAGCAUUUCUAUACCUGUCAUCAUGUUUUCAGUGGGAGACCUCCAAGGGUUUUCAGUCAAACUGAAGGAUAAAUGUGAACUGUAUGCGAGUUGAAGUUAUCUUUUUAUAUUUGUUAAAUUUGUAAGAAGCUGUUUUUUAUUGACCUUUUGUUUUAUUUUUAAUAAAAAGUUU